AGAGAGCAGACGGCUAGCAUGUCCUCCAUGAAUCCCGGGCCGUUCAAUCGUGCGGGACCAGGGCCCUCCUCCUCCCACCCGUGGCAGCUCCCACGGCUUCUCACGUGGACGGCACCCUUCCCCUCGUGGGCCGAUAUCUGCUCUAACGUCUGCGAGGCCCUGCAGAAUUUCUUCUCGCUAGCCUGCGGUUUGGCUGGCUCCAGCCGGAUCCAGGUGCUCAGCGUCUAUGUGGCACAGAAUCAGCUCGAGUGCAUACUUCCUUUUGUGGAGGUGAAGGGGAAUUUUCCUCGCCUCCAGGCCUGCGUGAACGAGCUGCGGAACCUGCCGAGAGAAGAGCGGAUCCGGCCGGGGGGAGAGUGCCUGAAGUUGGCCGUUCAGGACGGGCUGAGGCAGUUCAAGCAGUACAGCAGGCAGGCGCUGGUCUGCGGCUCCGUCACCGGCAGCACCGUGGAGAUUACAGUUCUGACCCAUCAGCCGGGAAAACGGAUCAUGAAUGAACUGGAGAGGGGCCUUCGGGACAUAAACGUGGACAACCUUCGGCGGGUCCAGAUCAUUGAGAUUUCCAAGGGAGAAGCCCAAGAGCCUGACGAUGACGAGGAGUGGAGCCCGCUCCUUAUGGAGCAGACUGACAGCCCGGCAAGCCUGACCCUGGGGUCAGUCCUCGACCUGCAGAUGGUGGGCAACGAGGUCGUCGGCCUGGAGAUGUUCUUCAAAUCCUGGCUGCAGGACCAAGGGGCGGACCGGGAGCACCUCCAUCUCUUCCUGCCCGCCGCCACGGCUGCGGACCCCGCCGCUCUCCCCGGGGCCGCCGACACGCCGGUGUGCUUGAAAUGUGACAUUCAGGAGAGGAUGCUCAGCCCAUCCCUGCUCGGCGGACCCGCCAGCGGCCCGGGGAGGAAAACCGGCGGCGGAGAGGACUUGCAGGCCUCCUACCAGAUCACGGCCCACCCGGGCGCGCCCCUUUACCGACUCCACGUGAUAAGGGCUCUGCGAUCCAAGGGGGUGUGCGAAUCGGUGCUCUACGGGCUCCCGCUCAUCCUCCGCCCCACCGGCUGCUGGCAACUCGACUGGGACGAGCUAGAGCAGAACCAGCAUCGCUUCCACGCUCUGUGCCACGCCCUGCUGAAAAGGGGUUGGCUGCUCCUGGCCGAGAGCCAGUUCCGGUUCCCGGGGAGCGGCCUCAGGGACCCUUCCCUCGGCUCCUUCUACGUCAUUCUCCCUUCCAACUCCUUCUCGCUGCUGGUUAAGGCCGUGGCCUCCCGGGAGCUCCUGCUGCCCUGUCCUCUCCCGGCUCUCCCGGACGGCCCGGAAGCCACCGCGCUCGGCGACGUGGAGAGUGCCCUGGACCGGCUGUUGGUGGAGCCCACCUACAACCCCCUGCAGGCCGUGACUCACCUGUACCGGCACCUGAGAAGGAAGCUCACCAAGUCCCCCAGGUCCCGGUCGCUUGCCCGGCGCGGGGAGCUGCAGUCAUCCGAGCAGGCCCCUCCGGCCCAGCCCAAGAGAGCGCGGGCCACGGUCGUCGCCCCGAUCAAGACCUCUACGGUCUCCUCCUCGCUCCCCGGGCCGCCUCCGGGGCCGAAGCCUUCCUCAGAACCACCCCUCUUCUCCGAAGAGGAUGAGGAAUUUCUCCUGGGGAUGUAGCUCCCCCGGACCACUCCCUCGCCCCCCCCUCCCCGCCGUCCUCCCCCACUCCCUCUUUCUGCCGAGAGGCCGAAAAGCCCGAGGUCGCUCGCUCUUCCCCGACCGGCGUCCCGGAGCGCCCGUCCGUCGUCACCGGCGGCCGCCGAGGCCCCGCUCGGGGCGCGAGGCCCGGACGCCCGACUCACACCUCUCCGCCCGUCAACCGGGCCCCCCCCCCCGGCUCUCGGUUCGCCAUCCCCGGGGGGCCGGGGCUCAGCCAGAGCUAGACGGGGCUACCGGCGGGCACCCGGGUCCGCGACGGCCGCACCCCGGGGUUAGACCGGACCGCUCCCGGUCCUCCCGGACCCCGCUGCCUCCCUCCCGCCCGCCUCCCUCAUCCGACGGAGCGGAGGCCCCCCCUCCCCGAGGGCCGUGGCCCGAUGCCUUCCCCGUUUCGACGGGGCCUGCCGUUCGGGGGCUUCUCGGAAUACACCCUUCGUCUGAGCCUCAC